AUGGAAGUCGCCGUGCGCCAGCCCAGCGGCGCGGCUUUCAAUGUGAAGGUCGGUGUUACGGCGACACUCACAGAUAUGAAGGCUGCCAUCGCUACACGUACCAAGGUGGCGGUGGGCCGCCAAAAGCUCGUCUUUGGUACCCGGAUCUCCGAGGAGCCACAGACUCCGGUGUCAGAGUUGCUUUCUGCCGACGAUCCUCCAGAAGUCCUGCUUCUGGUGGGUUCGAGCUGCACUUUGGCCUCGCACAGCCAUGGCCCACCGGCGGUUUGGGAUGCUGAUUCACAAACCGUCCUGUGGCCCGCCUCUAUGACUGGCGGCGCAACUGAUGCCAUGCGCCUUGGCGAUGGAGAGCUCUACACGCUGCUUAAGCAAUGCCAAAUAGAUGCGCAGCUCUACUUUCUCCAGCUGGUUCGAGGCAUUCCUGGCUCGGAGGUUAUCCGCUACCCUUUGCCGGUACGCUGGAUGGAAGAGAGCGUCUUUGCUCGCUUUUCGCCAGAGGGCGACUUUGUCAUGGCCGAGUCGAUGGGAAAGUUACUCAUGUGGCGCACGCUGACGGGGGAAGUGCAUCUCCGCAGUGAUGGCACCGAGUGGACGGGGAGCGUUUGCUCCCUACAGCCGGGACUGGCGUUGAUCUCCGAUGGAGGCAUCAUGUCAAGAACCCUGGAGCUUUGGGACUAUCACUCCGGCACUCGCAAGCAAGCUUGCGGGAAGGAGGAUGGAUUGUCCACCGCUUCCUUUUUGCUGUCGCUGUCGGGGAAAUGGAUCGCGAAAUGGUACUACAAAGAGCCAAUGGUUGUUCUGGAAGUCGGACACGAGGGUAGCGACCAAAGCUUCUGCGACUCCUACGUGGAUCGCGCUGCCUUCUCUCCCGACGAAACAGAGAUUGUAGUGUCGUACCCCGAGGACAUGAGCAUAGCGGUCAUUCGGCUGUGCGAUGGGCUCACGCGCACGACGAAGUUGCCCUUCGCAGCGCCCCACUACUUCACGAGCAUUGGGUUCGCAGCCGACGCUUCUGUCAUCUUCCUUGCCGUGCCAAACGGCAAGCUCCACCGCUGGGCUUGCGACACCCUCGAAUUGUUGCCAGCGACACCAGAUCCACCCAAGGAGGUCAUGGUGCAUGGCCCCUGCGGCGAUGGAAACUUCUACUACCGCAGCGACCGGGCGGGUGACGUGCAGGUCUUGGACCUGCUCUGCGGCGCCGUGCACGCCUUUGCAUUGCCAAAAGCGUGA